AUGCAGCCAAACAAUACAAGAACUUAUGCCGAACCAUUCACACCAGUUAGUGAUAAGGAAGAUGGAAAUAUUGCCCUUGCUGUCAAAGCUCUAAAUGCAAGGAUCAACAGAUUAUCCGUUUCAUUAAGUAUCGCAAACUCAACUUUAGAGUCCAUUGCCUACAAUACAGAGAACUCUACAGCAAAACUAAACGCUUUCGACCUUAAAUACCUCAUUUCGAACUUAGAAAUUACUCAAGAUCAGAUUAAAUCUGAAAUCAUUAGUAAAUUAGAAGAAACUAAAGCUAUAAAUGAUCAAAUUGGAUCAAUGAAAAGCGAAUCUACCCUAUUAAAAUGCCAAGAAACUGAUAUUUUAAGCGAAUCAAAAAAUACUAUGAAAAAUAUUGAUGAAAUUAGUAAAUCAAUUGACAAAACAAAAGCCAAGAUCUUUGAUACUAGACUACAUAUCGAUAUGGGCAUAAGCAGGCUCAAUUCAAACCAAAAUUUUCUAAAUGAUUUGCAAAAUCACUGCAAUGAACUAAAAUCAAACAGAGGUGCAUUAUUAUAUGCAAUUGAUGAUGUAAAUGAAUCAUUAUCAAGGUAUAAAACAGAAAAACAGAAGAUCUACAGCUUAAUUACUGCAAAAAAACUUUUGACGAUAAAACUACCAGAAAAAUACCAAAAUAAUCGUAUUGAAAUCGAUUUCACUCAAAAUGAAACGAUAAAAAAUGAAAUUAGCGAAAUCAAAGGAAGAAUCAAAGAAUUGAAAUGGAAACUUGGUCGUAUUGAAAGGGAAAACAAUGAUUUGUCUGAAAGUAGUCUUCAGAUAUCAUUUGAUGAAGAAAACAAAAAGAAAUCUGAUUUGGAAAAUGAUAUCGAAGAAAAGAAGAGGAAAAUAGAAGAAAUGUCUCAUGAAAUAGAUUCUAUACAUGAAAGGAUAAUCUCCAAAGAGUUAAAAUUCAAAAGAAUCAAAGAAGAAAAUAUCGAAAUUAAUAAAAAGAAUUUGAAGACAUUUGAUGAGACAAUAAAUGCAUUAGAUGAAGAACAGAAGGUAUUGGAACAAGAGAUCAAUGAUCUUGAAAAAAGGAAGAAAUAUAAAAGGAAAAGAGUGUAUAACUUCUAA